AUCUAGUCGAAUUCGGAUUAGGGUCGGGGCGGGUAGGGUAAAGUUUGUAAUCCCUGCUUCUUUUCCCUACCAGUGUGUAAGCGAACCAUAGCCAUCAAUGGCAGCGAUCAAAGCAAGUCUGCGUGUACCAGCCCCCCUUCCUCAUCUCUCUCCUACCUUCCUCAGAUCCUUCUCUUCUUCUAUUACUACUUCUUCUUCUUCUUCUUCAAUAAUCUCACAAUCACAGCAUCUUGAAGAAGAUUACAUAAACCCCUCCCUAUCAUUCGAAGAAACUACACUAGCAAACAAAUUUCACUCUCUAAUCAAAGACCACCACCGGAGAAACCCAAACUUUUCCUUACCCAAUACUCCUUCUCACUCUCUCUCCCUUGACUUCUCCCAUUUCUCCACCUCCCCUGUCUCCCCCUCCCUCGUCAGUCACGUUAUCGAAAAAUGCGCUGCCGUUCGCCACGGCAUCCCAUUCUUCCAAGCCCUUUCAUUCUUCAACUGGGCCACUUCUCGGCCCGGCUUCACCCACCACCCUGACCCUUACAACGAAAUGAUCGAUCUUGCUGGUAAAGUUCGAAACUUUGAUUUGGGUUGGCAAGUAAUUGAUUUAAUGAAAGCUAGAAAUGUCGAAAUUAGUAUUGAAACUUUUUCUAUUCUUAUUCGACGUUAUGUCAGAGCUGGAUUGGCUUCGGAAGCUGUACAUGCUUUCAAUCGUAUGGAGGAUUAUAAUUGUAAGCCUGAUAAAAUUGCCUUUUCGAUUUUAAUUAGUAUUUUGUGUAGGAAACGAAGGGCUACUGAAGCUCAGUCUUUUUUUGAUAGCUUAAAAGAUAAGUUUGAGCCUGAUGUUAUCGUGUAUACUAAUCUUGUUCGUGGGUGGUGUCGAGCUGGAAAUAUACCGGAGGCUGAGAGGGUUUUUACGGAAAUGAAAGUUGCUGGUUGUAUGCCAAAUGUGUAUACAUACACUAUUGUUAUUGACGCUUUAUGUAGAUGUGGGCAAAUUACCCGUGCUCAUGAUGUUUUUGCUGAGAUGCUUGAUGUGGGUUGUGAGCCGAAUUCGAUUACUUUUAAUAAUUUGCUUAGGGUUCAUGUUAAAGCUGGUAGAACUGAGAAGGUUCUGCAAGUGUAUAAUCAAAUGAAGAGGAUGGGGUGCCCUCCCGAUACGGUUACUUAUAAUUUUCUUAUAGAGAGUCACUGUAAAGAUGGGAAUCUUGAUGAAGCUUUGAAGGUGCUUAAUUCGAUGGUUAAGAAAGGGUGCAGCCCUAAUGCUUCUACUUUCAAUGGUUUAUUUGGGUCCAUUGCAAAGUUGCGAGAUGUGAAUGGUGCUCAUAGGUUGUAUGCUAAGAUGAAGGAGUUGAAGUGUAAGGCCAAUACUGUGACAUACAAUAUCCUGAUGCGAAUGUUUGUUGAUACGAAAUCCACUGACAUGGUUCUCAAGUUGAAGAAGGAAAUGGAUGAGGAUGAUGUUGAACCUAAUGUGAAUACCUACUGUGUUUUGAUUGCAAUGUAUUGUGGAAUGGGGCACUGGAAUAAUGCAUACAAGUUCUUCAGAGAGAUGGUUGAAGAGAAGUGCUUGAAACCGAGUCUCCCUGUUUAUGAGAAGGUUCUGCAGCAGCUCAGGAAAGCAGGGCAGUUAAAGAAGCAUGAAGAAUUGGUGGCAGUUAUGGUUGAUAGAGGAUUUGCUACCCGUCCUUUAUAAAAGAAGCCAUGUCUUCUGCACCUAUUAGCUGAAUUAGGUCUUGUCUUGGAUAAGACCAAACACUGUAAGAAGGAAGUUUACAGUCAGAGGAAGCAACCUCUAACGAAUGCACCAGCGAACUUGAAUACUUGCUGACCGUUCUCCACGUUGUUUCGUUUCUCGAUGGAUUUAGAG